AUGGGCUGGUUUGUGCGAGAGAGAAGAAGUGUGAGCUGGAAAGACCGAACACUGGACUCGGUGGCGGCGCCGCCGCUGCCUCUGGUGGUUUUUCUUGGGCUGUUUAUCAUGCUGUUGUUUUUUGCUACUUAUUCGGAUUGUAAGGAGAGGAUUGAGAGGAGCAAAAUGGGGUUGAGGCUCGGGUUGUUCUUGGUGCCGGUGGUGGGCACGGUUGUGGUGGCGAAUCUCAUGAUGCUCCGCCGCAGCUGGUGGCGCUACGCCUUGGGAGGGGCGCCGCCGAUGCAGCGGGCGGCGGCGGAGGGAAGCUCGCCGUGGGGAUUGUUGGCGGUGGUUGGGGUGUUGCUUGUCAUGGUUCAUUACCAGUCCUCUUUUCAGUCUUGGUUUAGGUCAUUUUAG